AUGUGCCUCAAGGAGGGGCUUCAACGACUGGAUCAAGUAAGUAUUUACAUCUUUCUUUUGGUGGCUAGGGGUAUAAAGAUUAACGACCUGCGUCAAGAUACCCCAUUCUUUGGCGGAGCGUCCAGUCUGGCUACAACCCCUGCCACUGGCACCCCCGAACCGGAAGCCAACAAGAACGACGAAGAACAAGAGGCUGACGAGGAUGCCAAACCACAGGACCAAUUAAACCUCUCCGAAGGAGGGCCAGGGGAGGAGGACGAGGAGGUUUUGCAUGAAGUUCGUGCCAAGGCGCUUAAGUUUGUACCGGAUAAGCCCGGUUCCGACAGUGAGUCUCAGGAUACGAAGAAGGACAACAAGAGUCCCUGGAAGACACAGGGAGUCGGUCCGCUGCGGCUACUCAAACACAAGACAACCGGUGCUGUGCGAAUGCUUCUUCGUGCGGAACCACGCGGUCAUGUUGCCUUGAACAGGGCAGUGCUGCCCAACUUCGAAUAUAAGGUUGAGAAGGGUGGGAAGUAUGUCAAAGUCAUGACUGGCAACGAUGCCGGUAAUGGGCUGGAGACUUGGAUGUUACAGGUCAAGACAAAUGAUGCCGCAAAAGCAUUGGCGGAGGCACUGGAGACAGCCAAGAGUGCCAACAAGAAGUGA